AUGAAGAGCGCGCUUGGGCUUUUGCUAAAUGUGGAUGCUCUCGGAGUUUUGGGAGAUUACCUCUCGCUGCUAAAUGCAAAGACUCAAAUGGAAGCAGUCAACACACAAUUCGCUCAUGGUCUUGAUGAAGAUCAACGAGCUGAACAGCUACUAUCCGCGAAUUAUCUUUCACCGAACCUCGGUCAGUCGGUCGCCUCUAUUUUCUCGUCUGGCAUCGUUUCUCCAUCUUCGGCAAAUAAAUUCUAUAUGACGGGAAUGAAGAACCAAGCCUUGGCAGAAAUACAAUCCCUUUCUCCUUACACCGAUUUACUUUUUGCGUACGCGCAAGCUCAGAAGAAUACUGAUCAAAGCACACAAGAAAUAACUCAAGAAGAAGUUCUCUAUUCGUCGAUCCUAGAAGAGCCUAUGCGUACGAUAAUGUUGCUUCGAAAAAGUGAAAACACCAAAAUUCGUGCACACGGUCAAACCCUACUGAAAAAGGCUGCAGCAAGAUGCUUGCACUUAGCCUCAGGUCCGAAACGAGACAAUUGCAAACAGACAAAUCCUCUGCCGAAUGCGCUGAUGGACCUUGUCGUUGAUGGAGACAGUACUGGAAGCAAAAACUUUUUGCUUUCAUCUCUUUUGAAAGAGCCUACUUCGGCUGUCGUCUUGAAUCGACUGAUAAACGACUUGGAUAUUUCCUCGGCAGUCAACUCUAAUAAGGAGCUUCUUUUCUUGCGACUCCUCGGCGCAGGCGCAUCUUCUCCAGACACACCAACUUCGCUAGACCAGAUUGCACCAAAUGACGCUUAUUUGAUGUUCAAGUUAAUUGAAGAUCAUUCAGAAUCGAACUCGCAUUUUCCUACAGAUCUUAUUCUUUCUUUGGCUUAUGGAAAUGAUGUUCUCGACAUUGAGGCAACAAGUUUCCAAGAGACAUUUGGAGUGUCGACGUCAAAUUUCAUCUGCGCGGUUCACGAGGAGUCGCUUAGAUUGCCCUGUCUCGUCAACCAAGACACAAUCACUGCCGGAGAAUGCAUCUCUCAAGGAUGCUGCUACAAUGAGUUGGACGAAAGCGGAGUAAAAUUGGCACUCACUACAAAAACUCCAAAGUGCUACAAAAAUAUACUUGGCAAAGUUGGCAUCGGAAUCGCACGCCACAUGAUAAAGAAAGAACAUAUAAUCGAUCUUUUUGGUGGUGUUGAUAAACUACCAACGUUGAACGAUCUCACAGAGGCUUCCAAUUGGGCACAAUCUCAGAUGCCCGACGUUCUUCGCCGAAUGGUCAAAGAACCAGGAGACUACGCCGGUGCUCCAGAAAACCAUAAAAUGUGGAAUGACGUUUUCGACUCGACCGAGAACCUUUUCAAAAUCCACGAUGUAGUGGAUGACUUUCCCGGUCGCGAUGACUUCGUCUGGAAGCCGCAUGGACCAACAGCCAUGCCUGGAGCAGCCAAUAUUGAGAUUCCAGAAGUCGGUGGAUUUCUGUCUGGAUCGGACGAACGAGUGAAGAAACUAGACUUCUGGGUCUCCUCGCACGCGAACAAUAUUCGAGCGCAGCUCAACUCCAACUCGUAUACAUGCCAAUUAAUAGAGCCAGAGAACAUGUCCGCAUGUUUUCCACAAAAUUAUGCUGCGCUUAAUUUUGAAGAUCCAGCUGGAGAGUGUGAAGCAAUCGGUUGCUGCUUCAAUGAACUGAAUCUCUUCCAUAAGGAUGGACCUCUUCCGGUUUGCUAUCGAUCUCUAAGAGCAGGCUUCUGUGAUAUUGACAUCAGUGAGCGAAACAAAUUCGAAGAUGGUACGAAUGGCAUUUUCGACGAUGGAUACCUUGAGAACAAAUUUUGGAAAAAUACACCGAAUCGAACACCUUGUGGAGACCCAGCCAUGGAUAGGUACGAAUGUCUUUCUCAGCAUCCAACAUGCUGCUUUGAUCCAAACCCGAGAGUCGAAGGAGAAGCAUUCUGCUACAGAAGAGGAGGCGCGGAGUCAAGAAUCGAUCCAAAAACUAACAAGGCCUCAGAAGGAGAACUUGAUGAGUGCUUGAUUAUACCUCCACAUCAGCGAGAAGGUUGCUUUAACCCGUCAACAAAGCAUGGAGAAUUGCUAAAUCGUAUUGCAACGGUUGAACAAUGCGAUGCAAUGGGAUGCUGCUUUGACGGAGAAGCUGCUAUUUCUAACAAGAAACUGCCUCUCUUCGGGCUCACCCUAGCUGGCCCUCAUUGCUACGCAGGACCUUCAAAUCUUGAUCGAGCAUUUAUAAACUCAAAUUACAACGAUCUUCAACGCAGAAGGCCUUCAGAGCUCCAACGUGUCUGUGCCAACAGUCCAAAGUGGCCCAAGCUCUUUGUCCAAGUCACCGUUACCCAAUAUACAAACGCGAUAAUCGCCGAGGCGCUGGAGAGCAUUCUAGCCAUCUUUGUCGGACAAUUUGCGGAAAGAGAUAGAAAAAAGAGAGAUAUGGUUUCCGACAGAAAGCUUGGAAACCUCGUGCAUUGCUCAAGCUUCAGCGCAAUAUUCGCCAAGUUCGACAAGAAAAGAUUUAGAGAUAUUGGAAAAUGUGCAAUAGAGAAAACACACGACGCUGCGUUUGAAGUGAAAGCAAGAAUUAAAAAUCGAAAUCAACGGCAGCAUUUUGAACCAUUGACUGGCGGAGAAGAUGGGGAGGACGAUGUCGACGAGAUCGAAUCGUCGAUAUUCUCAUCCACUGCACGUACCGAAAGCCAGAUAAGUUCUACUUCCUCAAGUUCCCAAAUGUCACGCGACGAAGAAAUAAGGGCGAUACAAGAGAGGUCUAAUCAGCUGGGACGACUGGCGAAGCAAACUGAUCGAGCUCAACUGCGCUCGAAUAUACGGGCGCGUUACGGCCUUGAGCCUGAUAUGCUCGACCAAGAAAGAGUUCUGAUCACCAUCGAUAAUGGCGUCAGUCUGAUUGAGUCGAUCGGCGAUAGUAGAGAACUUAAUAAAAGCGUUUGUUAUUGGCUCGAAAAUGAUCAUGUCAAAGGAUCCACUGGGUGCGUCUGUUAG